CCCACUUUGCCUUGCCCGUGCCCGGAGGUAGAGGAGAGGGAAGAAGAGCCAUGGCCGCCGCUGCCAUGUCCACGGAGACUAUCGCCGCCGCCCUCGGCACGCGCCGCCUGCUCCACCCCCCUGCCUUCCUCUCCUUCCGCUUCCGCCCCACGCCGCGGCUGCCAGGCGCCGCCGUCGCAGCCUCCGCCCCCGCGUUCCGCCGCUGCAAGGCGGCGGCCAAGGCUCACGACGACGACCAACUUGUGCUUGAUGUAGCAGAGUCGACAUGGGAUGACCUCGUUCUUCACUGCGAGUCCCCGGUGCUUGUUGAGUUCUGGGCACCGUGGUGCGGCCCCUACCGUCUGAUGCAUCGGGUUAUCGCAGAUGUGGCAAAAGCAUACAGUGGCAGGCUGCGGUGUCUGAAGCUCAACACUGACGAGAACCAGGAUGUCGCAACGUGGUACGGCAUCAGAAGCAUCCCUACCAUCUUGAUUUUCAAGAACGGGGAGAGGAAGGAGACGGUGAUCGGUGCCGUUAAGGACACCACACUGGCAAUGACGGUGGAGAGGUUCUUGUAGGCCACGCACAAGGUUGUUCACCAUCUGCUGAGAGAGGUCAAAGUGGCAAAGUGAAAAGGCUGAGAUUGCAAUUGCAUACAGGACUCGUUUAGUGUUUCUUUGAUUUUUGCUGAUGAUUGCUGUCGUCGUUACGAAAUACACAGCCUGCUGCAGACAUGAAAAGAGAUAAAGAAAAACAUGUUGGUAUGCAUGGUACUAGUGUUACAUUA